UUUUUCCUGUUGAGUGAAUGGAGGCCUUGGAAUUAAUCAUAAAAGUAGUGAGCAAUGACGAUAUAUGAAUCAGUUGUAUAAGUUAUUUAUCUAUUGCGUACUUGCUCUAGUAAAUCAUAGAAAAAAAAAAAAACUUUAUUUUGUAAAAUGAAGACUCAGAUAUUGGCAGUUGUGGGAGCUGUGGGCUCAAUAAUAAUAGGAGUCACAAUAAAUUAUUUGAUUCGUAAAAGAAAACAGGCGCCAAUUUUGCUGGAGGAUCCGUCGAAAAAAUACAAGCUGCCGUUGAUCGAAAAGGAAACAAUAAGUCACGACACCAGGAGGUACAGAUUCGGGCUACCGACUAGUCAGCACGUGCUUGGACUCCCUCUCGGCCAGCAUAUCAAGUUGUCUGCUGAAAUAAACGGGGAAGUGGUUUCGCAUUCUUACACUCCAGUUUCCAGCGACGACGACCACGGGUUCGUUGAUUUGGUCAUCAAGGUUUACUUCAAGAAUGUGCACCCAAAGUUCCCAGAGGGGGGUAAGUUGACCCAGUACAUAGAGAACAUGAAACUCGGGGAGGAAAUUGACGUUUUUGGACCCGUUGGAAGGUUAUUUUAUCGAGGCUAUGGUAAUUUUGCAAUCAAAAGAUCUAGAACCGAUCCAACAUUAGAUUUCCACACCGUCAACAAGGUUGUAAUGAUUGCUGGAGGUUCUGGAAUAGCUCCAAUGCUCCAGUUGAUACGCGCCAUCAUGAAGGAUCCUUCGGACUCGACCAAAGUCUCACUCUUGUUCGCAAAUCAAUCGGAAAAAGACAUUUUGCUGCGCGAGGAAUUGGAGGAAGUGCUUGAAAAUCACCCAAAUAAAUUCCAACGCUGGUACACCGUCGACGUCGGCAGCGACGGCUGGAAGUUCUCGACAGGUUACAUCACCGCCGAGAUGAUAAGUGCCCACAUGUACCCUCCCGCAGAAGACACAAUCGUUCUAGUCUGUGGCCCUCCGGCCAUGAUCAAAAACGCCUGCACCCCAAAUCUCGACAAGUUGGGCUACGAUAAUAAAUUACGCUACAUAUAUUAAUUUAUAAUCAUUUUUUAUUAUUAUUUAUGUAAAAAAUAUGUAAUAACAUUUUUUUUAUAAUGAAA